UCAUCUUGGUAAUAAAAUAUUCAGGGGAAGAUAGCAGCUCCACCUCCACAAACCCAGUUGAACCAACCCCUGCACCGGCUGCCACUGCUGCUUCUGGCCAACAAGCUGUUGUUACACCUGCACCAAAUUAAGGAUAUUACCGAGAUUGGUUUUGAGAAUUGGCAAAGAAUGAGCAGUGUAUACCUUUAUUGCCAAAAGAAUAAAUCUUUUUACUUUAUUAAUUGCUGAUAUCAGUUGUAAGGCUGUAAUUAUACAGGAAGUUAAAUGUCAGGGGUAUGGUGUGUUCUUAUAGUUCCAGAAUGGUUGUCUAUUUUUGUAUCUUUGUAUGUUUCUUAACAUAGUGCCUUUAUCUAUAUCAAUAUUCAACUGUAAUGCAUUUCAGUUAAUGAAUAAUAUAGAUUUAUUUCUUACAUUAAUUCACUUUUUUAGCUUCAGUACUCAAAUUAUAUUUAUCAAUGACUAAAAUGAUCAUUGAAUGUAAACUUGGUGCUUAAGAAUUUGUGAUUCUGGUGUCUAGCACAAAUAACCUGCUAAACCUUUUUUAACAGCAGGCGGGUGUUUAGAAUUGAUGCCCAAUGAUUGCUUAAACCUAUAUUGAAUCAUUCACUGAUGGUGGACACUGACCCAACUAAGCAUUUGAUAUUAUGAACAUUUUGAUUGGGAAAUAAAUGUUACUGGUAUACUUUGAAUUACUUUAAGAAAAAUCUAGUCAGUUGGUGUCCUUUAGCUAAUAUUUUUCAUUUUGGGCAGUUUUCUUCCAAACAUUUUCUUCCAACCAGAAACAAAUCCCAUUUUCAAAUUGUUAUAUGCUGAUGUUAUACAGAUGUGAUGAGAAAUAAGAUGAUACAAUAUUGAACAAGUGUAAUUUAAUUGGUUCCUACAUCCUCUUGAUGGUGAUUCUCUGGAAUAAUGUAUGUAAUCCAUUUAUGACUCUUCUUGGAUUAAUAGUGGAAAUUGGAAAUUUUGCAGGAUUAGUUAUGUCUUUCAUCUUCUAAAUGCAUUAUUCCUAUUUCCAGGACAUUACUAUCCUAUAUUAAUAUGUAUAUAAUUUAAUGUUGUUUCCUGAUAAAAGUUCAUGAAACCGGUGAAUUCAGGAAUUGUUUAGAAAAAAUUUGUUAGACUAUGCAAGUUAUUGCUACUGAAUUGACAAAAAUAUGCAAAUACAUUUAAUUAUUUUUAGAAUAUUGCAUGAAUUAUGACCUGCCAAUGAAUGUGCCUUUUCAUAUUCAAAUGAAAGUAGUCCCCCCUCCUCUUUUUGUACAGAAACUAAUGUGCCUGAUAGUAUCAAAUAUGCUAAAAUUUCACAGAAUGGAAAUAGGAUUUAUGUGAACUAUUGCAACACUUCCUUAGAACUGUUAAAACCAUUGCAGUAUCUGAAAUUAUGGUUUAUUAAUAAUGAAAGUUCCUGCCCAAAAAUAGAAUGGAUUAUUUUUCUACUAACAGUGAAUUUCUGUCCUAUCUUUACACUGGUCCAUUUCCUUGUUAAUGGAAUGUGUGUAUGUGUGUGAAUUGCAUGCAGGUAGAAAUACCCAUGAAUAAAUGUAAAAGUUUCUAAGGAAAGAAAGUUCCAGUUAUUUUUCAAGGUAUGCUCACUUGCAACCAGAUAUGGCAUUAUUUUCAAGUUUCUUUAAAAAUCUUCCAAUGCUGUUUUUUAUAUUGUCUUUGAUAAAAUGAUAUGGAAUAUUUAUGUAAAAUAUGUAAUGUUCAUUGGUUGCUGGAAUGUGUUGUGUAUGGGAAACUGUAUUUUAAUUUAUUGAAGAUAUUCAGUUAUAAUUGGAAGUAUUAGCAUUUUACCAUGUAUACAACAUAUUGCAUUUUAACUUCUGUACAAGAAUAAAAAAUAAAAAUUAUAUUGUUAUGUGACUUGUCAUUUGUAAACAUCUUGAAAAUAUGGUCUGAGAUAUGUCUAUUUUCAACUGUUUUGUGUCCCUUUGGGAAGGGGAGUGUAUAAUUGAUUUUAACAAUUUCUAUGAGAAUGUAAAGUUCAGAUACUGUUUCUGAUAAUCAAGCUUUCACAGUCUUUAUCCUCACCUUUAGUCCUACAUCCCUGUGAAUGUUCAUUGUGCCAUACAUUGGACAUUGGCUUGUGCAAUAUUCCUGACAUAGAAUUGAAAAUCAGUAAAAACUUCAAAACAAAUCAUUUUUCUGUAUGACUUGUUCCAUUGUUAUUAAAUUUAUAAGUGCAAUGCAUUAUUCAAUGUUGUGUGUCAAAGUACCUUGCAGUAUUGUUUAAGGUUUUUCAGAGGAGACCUUUGUAGUUGGAUUAUAGUAUCUGAAUACAAAAAAUUGCCUGUGUUGACACAGUGGUUAUGGAACGAUUCCUGAGAAUUGACGAGAAAAUUGAGCAAUUGAAGUUACACAAAAAUGAAUGGAAAUAUAAUUCCAUUUUUGUACAAACUUUAUAGAAAUAAAAUACUUUUUCAAAAGAUUUUGUUAUUACUUACAUGG